UUUUGGAGCUGUUUUAACACUUCUAUCAAAAUGAACAAGCAUGCUGUAAAUGGUAAACAAAGAAUAUUAUCAAUAAUUGCUAAUAAUUUUGAAUGGUAUGAAAUACAAGAAAAACUAAAAAUUUUAAAUGACUUGAUAGAUGCUACAAAAAAAUACUUUAGAAUUAAUAAAGCUGAUUGCAUUGCUCUAAGCAAACCAAUAGUAACUCAAAGUCAAAUAUCAGAUGUCAAAGAUUGA